GCCGAGAAAUACCCCCCUAGUGAAUUGAAUGCCAUGAGUGCGGCGAACAUGAAGGCCUCAGCCUCGCGAGCUCUACUCGCUGUUACUCCCGCGAGAACUAAUACUGGCAUUAACGCGAUAGAGUUACACGUCGCUACGAUGACAAUGUCAACCGCAACGAAAACACCAUCUGGAAUCGCUAGUGGUCUGUUCACAUGCCAGAUCACCCCAACGCGCGUCAGACCAGCAGAUGCUGCUAUGAAUGUAGACGCGAUGAAGACCUUCCGUAACGGAGAUUCUCGUAAGAGCCACCAGUAG